UUACCGUUGACGUCACAUGGCCCAGCCUUGUCUCGGCUCCUGGGGCUGGUCUGAUUGGAAGGAAACCCCGUGGAUUAGCCCGACAGCCCGUGAGAAUCAGCUGUGAGCCGCGGUUAGCUUAGCUCCGACAGGACCAUCGUUUUCCCCAACACUCAGCACUGAGCAGCCAUGGACAAGAGCGAGCUAGUGCAGAAAGCCAAGCUGGCCGAGCAGGCUGAGCGUUAUGAUGAUAUGGCAGCAGCUAUGAAGACUGUUACCGAGGGUGACACUGAACUGUCUAAUGAGGAACGCAACCUGCUCUCUGUGGCUUACAAGAAUGUGGUGGGAGCCCGUCGUUCCUCCUGGAGAGUUGUCUCCAGCAUCGAGCAGAAGACGGAGAGCAGUGACAAGAAACAGCAGAUGGUCAAGGAAUAUCGGGAAAAGAUCGAGAAGGAGUUGAAAGAUAUCUGCAAUGAUGUCCUGGUCCUUCUGGACAAGUACCUCAUACCCAAGGCGACCCCGGCUGAAAGUAAAGUCUUCUAUCUGAAAAUGAAAGGCGAUUACUAUCGCUACUUAGCAGAGGUGGCUCUGGGAGACGAAAAGUCCAGUAUCAUUGGCAAUUCACAGGAGGCCUACAAGGAUGCCUUUGAAAUCAGUAAGGCAGACAUGCAGCCCACACAUCCCAUUCGCCUGGGCCUGGCCCUUAACUUCUCUGUAUUCUACUAUGAGAUUCUCAACUCACCUGAGCAGGCCUGUAAGCUUGCCAAAACGGCAUUUGAUGAGGCCAUUGCAGAGCUUGAUUCGCUGAAUGAAGAGUCAUACAAAGACAGCACAUUGAUCAUGCAGCUACUGCGGGACAACUUGACACUGUGGACUUCAGAUAACCAGGGAGAUGGUGAUGACACCGAGGAGGUUCGGGGAAACUGAGUUUUUCCCCUGUUAUUCAGCUACCAUCGUUCCAGCUCACCGUCAACACUGAGACCACCUCAUAAUGAACUUCUGUCUCUUUUAGUUCUACUACUCUUGCGCCUUCCUUCCUUCCUUGCUUUCUUCCUUCCUUGCUUUCUUCCUUCCCUUUCAUUGUGGGAUUUUUUUCUAAGGAUUUGUGUGAUGGGAGGUGGGUGGGAGGGGAUAAAUAGUGGGUGGGAGGGCUUUGGGGGGCAGGACAUGGGACGGGACCAAGGUUUGUCUACUGUUAGCCUUGUUUUCUUCACGGGGAGUGCUAGGUUGCCGCAUUAGGUUGAAAGAGAGUGGGUUAAAGUACUCGGCUCAUGCAAAGUUGCAAGUCAAAAUCCUUUGUUAUUUUUGGUAUACUGUAUGUAAAUCUCCUUGUCUGUGCAUUUGCCAUUGUCAUUAUGUAUGCCUGCAGGUUAGCGACAGCGUUACAAAGAGUCCUUGCUUAAGUGGAGAGAGCAGCGCUAGUUAAGAUGCAGCAAGACGUCACACAGAAUACUGCUAUCUCACACGUCCUGUAAAAUCAUGGGCUAAAAAUACAUUCCAUUUAUUGUCACUUUUUAAGUUUUUUAUUCCAGGCAUUCAGUGCCCUGCAAAUGGCAUUUACCCAUUCCCUAUUAAUUACGAGGUAUAGUGAACCCUAAGAACAAAGAGCACAUAAGCUUGAUACUGUUACCGUAUGACUGUACAAGCAGAGCAGUAGGAAUAUCGUGUGAUUUAGUUAAUACUUAUUCCAGUAAUUAUUUGUUUUGUUUUUCAGUUUUCCUUUUCAUUUUUUUUAUACUUGCCUAAAUUGCAUGUGGCUAUGAAGUAGUUAACAUGGGGAGGAACUGGGGAUACUGUCGGGCUGGCUAGCUUUGUGUCAUGUCUCUGGAGUUUUCAUACAGAACACCCAAGCAUAAAUGUUAUUUGGAGGGAAAAUAUGUAAUUUCAUGUACGUGGAAUAAAAAAUAAUUUAACACAC